AUGCCUGAAUUAUCCAAGCUCAGACGUCAACGUGGUCACAUCAUUGGGGCCAUCACACACCUAAAAAAUGCCGUGGUGUAUUAUAAGGCCUUAGAAGCUGAACUUCAGAGUCCAGAGAAGCUACAAGUUGCCGUCGAGGCUCCCAAAGCAAAGUUCGCAGCCUUUGAUGACCUUCAAGAACAAAUAGAAACACUGGAUGAAGCCGAAACAGCGAAACGGUUCGAAAUCGAGGGUGAUUAUUACGACGUCAUCGGGGAAGUUACAGCCAUCGUGUCUCCUUUGCCCAGAUCCAGAAGUCUCACCAGUGAUAUCCAACGGCAGCCUUCCCCAGCCGGUUUAGCAGCAGACACACCCACAUCUCUCCUCGCCCUCAUGCGUUUACCGGAGCUGGAGAUCGUCAAGUUCAAUGGCCAAUAUCAAAAUUAUCGACCAUUCAUCGACACAUUCAUGUCUGGCAUCAAUAAUUAUCCCCAGCUCUCCAAGGUUCAUAAACUUCAAUAUUUCCGCAGUCUUCUUACUGGCAAGGCUGCCAAAGUUAUUGAAGCUCUUCCAAAUACCGAAAACAAUUACGAAACUGCAUUGGAAAUGGUCGACAAAAAAUUCAACUUUGAGAGAAAAAUUCUCUCGAGACACUGGUGGACUCUCCAAGAUCUUUCUAUCAUCACCAAGGAAACUCCAGAAGCCAUCAGCAAUCUUGUCGAUACUAUCAACCAACACCCUCGGUCAUUAAAGAAUCUCAAUCAACCAGUGAAUCAAUGGGAUUUACCGCUCAUAUGUCUGAUUCAAUCGAAGAUCAGCCCCGAACUCUUCACUCUUUGGGAACUCAAGAUCAAGGAUUCCAAGCUGCCCACCUACACCAGCCUCCUGGAAUUCCUAGAGAAUCGAUCACAGUGUUCAACUCGGAUCACAUCAACUUUGAAUGAACGUUCGAGUCAUUCCAAACGAGGUAGACAGGCAUUCUUCACGUCAGAAACCACUUGUGACAUGUGUAAAGAAGGCCACAAGAUUGGUAAAUGUCCGAAGUUCAGAGCUCUCUCACCAGCAGAACGCUACAAAAUCGCAAAACAAAAACUAUUGUGCAUCAACUGUCUUGGCGCCAAGCAUGAAAGACAACAGUGUGUUUCACGCUUCGAUUGCAACCAUUGUCACGAACGUUAUCACACCCUUCUUCAUUUCAAUGAUAAGUCUGAAUCAAGGAAUCCAGUCAACAAAUCUUCAACAAAGCCAGCUGUCAAGCCUCAAGCGCAACCACCCAUGGACAGCCCGGCAUGA